GAGACAUUGCAAGAUGGCCCGACGAAUGACAUUCUGGGAGGAUAGGCCUCGCGGGAUCCUACCACCAAAAGCAUCAGAGGGCAGGGUCGAAAUAUGCCGGCAAGAAAUAUGGUAAGUAACCCAGUAAUGGACUGGGUGGGGGUAGAGUUGGUGGAAGACACGGUGUACCUAGUAGUAGAGCUGGAAUGGCGUGCGAGAGGAGAGUUCGGGGGCAGAAAUUUGGACCUCCCAGGGCGCGUACAUGCGACAGGAUCCUUACACCUGUCGGAAGAGGGGUGGCGGACCUUUGGGAUUGCCUUGGCUUCCGGGGAUGACCCCGUACGAAUGUUCGAAGGAGCAUGGCAAAUAACCUGGCGGGAGGGGUUUGAGUUCGCGGAUCCGAAACGAGAUGACGUGACGGGUGAGGUAAAAGUUGCCGCAGCAGGGAUCUUUAGGCUGCCAAAUGAGGUCGUACGAAUGAGUCUACCACCCUUCCUACUAAGACGAAUGGGAGGUAUAGAGCGAGUAGAGCAGGCGGUAGCUGCCAUAACUAGGCUAAAUUUUGAUGAAGCAUUAAUGUAUCGAGAAUACUAUCAGGUCUUCCUAGAGAUGGGACCUUUUGAAGACGAACAAGGGCACGAGGUGUUAUGCAUACUACGGGCAGCAGUGGAAACUAGGCCGGGGAUUCCGCAGAUAAGUGAUGAGGCCAUGUGGGGAGUCAUCAGGCGGGAAGUGGGUCGGGGCGUGACCUACAUAGAUGACCUAUACCGGUUACAACUGUUGACGCGACGGCGAGUAGAGAUAGACGAAAACCCCAAAUCACCGGAAGGGGAAGGAGAGGAGGAAGCUCCGCAAAAAGUCGCUAACCUUCAGAGGAGUCGUGAGGAUUUGGAGGAUCUCGAAAAAGUGUUUGCAGACAUCCGCCUGAGCUUCCCGGACCGAGAGGGUGGCGAGGUCAUGAGGGCACCACCCGGGACAAAGCUUAGUUUUCAUGCACUACCCGUAGGAAAGCUGAAAAUCCAGAUCGGGACUCAUCAUACCGACGCAUUAGUAGACGGGGGAGCGGAAAUCACUCUCAUAAGGAGGGAUUUCGCAACAAUCACGGGUUAUACGGUAAACAAGGAAGUAACAGGAAGCAUCCGGGGAGCUGGUGGGGAAAUCUCGUUCGCAGGGUAUGUCACAAAGUGCGCAGUCAAGGCAGGAAUCAGGGAGUCGAUCUGGUCGUUUCAGCGAAUGAUCGUAAUGGAGGAAAUGGACCACGACAUAAUCGUCGGGAGACCAUGGUGCGCAAAAGUGGAAAUGAUAGGUAUGCACUUGCACGACGACUCGUACAUGGUAGACAUAGAGGACCCAGUGACCGGCCGGGGUGAGCUCCUCCGACUCCUCGGGACGGGAGGAGAACCUCCGAAGGGGAAGUUGGCAACGUGGUCGCCAUCGUUCGAAGAUAGCACACGAAAAGGGGCUUUCGCGCGGAUGGAAGACCAGCUUCCAUUGGAUGUUCGGGACAGGCCGUACACCGCAAUGCACACCCCCGUAGGCCAGUUGCAGAUGCAGGUGACCCCUAUGGGCUUCACAAACGCGGUAGCCAAAGCGCAGCGAAGAAUGCUCGUCGUAGCCAGGGACAUGUUCCCAAAGAAGUGUGAGCCCUACAUCUAUGACAAUCCGAUCAAAGGCGCGCAAGAGAAGGACGAGACGGAAGUCCAGCCAGGAAUCCGAAGAUUUGUGUGGGACCAUCAACAGGACAUCAAGGACUUACUCCGUCGGUUUCUCGUAUACAACAUCACGGUUAGCGGACCAAAGAGUAUCCUAGCAGUACCGGAAGUAGCCAUACUAGGAUUUUGCUGUGGCGCAUACGGCAGGAAGCCAGAUCCAGCAAAGACGGACAAGAUAUCACAGUGGCCAACGCCCCUGCACACGAGGACGGAGUUCAAGAAGGAGGUCCUAGCCAUCUUGCAUUGCCUCAAAACCUUCCAGGCCUACCUAUUUGGGAGGCGGUUCAUCCUUAGGAUCGAUCCGACAAAUGUUGCAGGGGCCUUAAAGAAUUACAGACCUAUAGAUCCGACGGUGGGGAGAUGGGUAGGAUUUAUCUGGCAGUUCGAUUAUAAGAUCGAACGGAUUGCGGGAAUUAGAAACAAGGCCGGUGGGCUGAGUCGGGUCUGCAUCACUCCCGAAGGGCUGGAAGAUGCGGAGCCCAUAGACGCGUUCCUUGAAUACGAAGGCGGAACUCUUGCGGUGGAUAACGAAAUGAUGGACGGAGAAUGCGUGUCGGGAGAACUAUUGAUCCGGACUUUGGAGAAAGGAGCACCUGCCGUAGUAGCAGAACUUAGAGAAGGACCAGUCACCACUCGAGGUCGUAAAAAGGAGAAAGAUUCAUGGGGAGCGAUAGUAGGACCGAAGGAGGAUAUAAUAGCUAUGGUGGUUGAGGGAGGCCGGGAAGCCGUGAUGAGCUUAGUGGAAUCUUAGGAAAGGAAAAAGUUGCGAUGGAUGGUAAACCUGAUGCAGGAAAGAAAGGAUGAGGACCUGGAAGGGAAAGAGUUUUUCUAUGCCCGGGCAUACGAAGGGAUCUUUCGAGAGAUCGGGUUGUUGCUGGUAGGAAACAAACAGCCCGUGGAAGU